AUGGCCUUGCAUUGGUCAGAGCGCAUAUUCUGGCUAUUGUGUGUGCUGCUCUCGAUUGGUGGCGUUUCCUAUCUGAUUGUUGAGUAUCAACAAGACUUUUCUAAGCAUGCCGUGAGUGUUAUCUACGAAAGUAUUUCAUCAUUUGCCCCCAUCCGAUUUCCCUCAAUCAGCGUUUGUCAACUUCCACCGAAGUACGAUUUUGGCGGUGGAUUUGAGGAAUACAUUCAGAGUUUGGGUGUUGGCAUAGGUGAGACUUACAACUUUGAUGUGCACUCACAGAUGGUCUUCAUACUCUUUCCUGAUCGAUAUUCCCCGAAUACAAUAACGAAGCGUUGUAAACCCUACGAAGAUUGUGAAGAAUGCGCAAAAUGUCCAAAGAAAGAUUUCCGGGAGUUGGCUGAAAGAUUAGGACUGAAUUGCAGUGGUAUAUUCAAUUCCUGUAGUCUCUCAGGCAAAUCUUUUGAUUGUUGUCAGUACUUUCUGCCCAUGGUGACGCCUUCUGGCACCUGUUUCUUGCUCAACUCACUGCAGAACAAUUAUAAAGGCUCCGAGCACUGGUUUCCCGCGACCCUGGAUCGAAAUAAUCCCCCUGAAUUUCAUAUGUAUCUGAAAAGAGCUGCGGUGCUCAGUUUGUUCAAUGAGGAGGAUCUACCAACUCUAUCAUUGCCAGCUGUUACUACCACCGCCUUGUUGGGCAUUCACAAGAUUUUCAAGUUCUAUACAGAAGCCUUGGUAAACGAUCCCGAAAUUGUGGACAUUGCACCGGAAGCUCGAGACUGUUAUUUUCCCUUUGAAGUACCGCCGUGGAGUGUGCACAAAGCGUACAGUUUUAGUGCCUGCAUCAGCGAUUGCACCAGAUUGGCUCAAAUGGACAAAUGCAACUGCACGCUUUACAUCUUCAAUCCGUUUAACGAUACACGAUUUCCCGACUGUGACUUUGAGGGCUUGUUGUGCCUGGAGCGAAAUGGAGUGGUCAAGCCGAAUAUUGCUUGGAUGAUGAAUUAUCGACAUCCAGUGGCAAAUUGUGAUUGUUUGCCAGCCUGUACAGAGUCCAAUAUUCAAGCCAUCUAUUCGCAAGAGCAAGUCGAAUAUCCCGGUGCUAAGGAUGCCAAUAUUACUGUUUCGAUGACAAUGUGGCCCACUUAUCAAUUUCAUCGCAUAGCACUUCGCACUAAACUCGAUAUUGUGGUCACACUUGGAGGAAUUCUGGGACUGUUUCUCGGAGCCAGCAUUCUCAGCGUUAUCGAGAUUAUUUACUACUUUACAAUUCGAGCUGCAAAUUCAUAUCGUUUGGCCCACAGAUCAAAUUAAAAGAGAUUUGAAUUAUUACAUAUUUUGUAGACACCUUUUCGAUAUUAAUA